GGUUUCACUCGACGAUGCUUGGCGCCAUAGUUUGUCUUGUCUUAUUCCUGCUGCCAAUGUCUGUUUCUCCGGAAAUCAUCGGCUUGGAAAGAAAGUCGCUUCGAGGAGGUGACCAACUCAAAAAACCAUCUCUUCCUUUGCGACUGUACGCCAUGCGUUUUUGCCCUUGGUGUGAACGAGUUUUGAUAUAUCUAGCCAAAAAGAACAUCAGCGCUGAGGUUGUAAACGUAAAUCUUUCCGAUAAACCAUCAUUCCUCAAGGAAAAGAAUCCUGAUGAAAGAGUGCCAGUUCUGGAGGAUAAUGGCAAGAUUAUCACUGACUCAGCGCUAAUUUGUGAAUAUCUUGAUUGGAGUAGA